AUGGAAAAGCUACACGUAGUUUUGAAUUCUUUACCCCAAAUGUCCAAAGACAUCGUGGACGACACAAUUCAUGAAAAAGUUCUUUCUUACCUUUCAGAGUAUGCUUCCCAAGGGCCUGAUAUGGUUGCCACUUUCGUAGAAUGGAACGUCAUGGAAAUUAUACGUGCUUGUAUUAUACAAGAAAAUCGGUGCAACGAGAUCGAAAAUGGACACGAAUUCACUAAAGACUCUAGGAUUGUAUCAUUAUCCAUACGCUUUCUAGCACGUCUUUUGGCUAAUGACGACAGGCAACGCGCGCUUUUAUUUAGUCAAAUCAUUUACAAUUAUAACGAUGUGCUUAAUUUUAUUUUGGACAACGCAUUCUCUGAAGAAGGCUUGAUGCGAUAUUCGUGUAUUGAAGCUUUAGAACAAAUAGUUACAUAUGAACUUGCAUCAGCAGCUUCACGGUUACUUUUAUCGAUUAUCAACCAUUCAACAUUAUUCAUAGAUACGACAAAGGACGCGACAAAGGCAACUGCACAAAAUGAUCUUUUGGAAUUUUUAAUUUCAACUCUCGAUCUUUUUAAUAAGAUGCAAGAAUUGUUAGUUGACCCUCAAAAAGAUAUCGGACAGCAUUUAGCAGCUUUACAACUUAUUUUAACUUUAGCAAGUUCAAAAACAACUAAUGCAUUCGAAUUCUUGAAACGUGGACAAUUAUUAACCCGUAUAGGUGUAUUACUUGCUGAACGGGAUAGAGUUAUGAGAUCUCGAGCAAAUGAUAUUUUGUGUGCUGUUCUUGAAUGGGCACCAAAUCCUAUUUCUUUGCUAAAAGGUGCUAGUUAUACAAACGAUCCAAUCACUGAAAUCAGGCGUGCGAGCAUUGAUCGUCAUGAAAAACUCGCGUCAAGAAUAAUGGAUAUAUUAGUCUUCUUGCUUAGCUUUUUUAAAAUGCGACGGACUGCAGAGGAGUCGAUAAAUAAAUUAUCUGUUAACGAUAAACCUGAUGUAAAUUUGUUAUAUACUAAUGGAACUUAUGAUAAGUUAAGGUCACUUUUCUUAAACGUGAGGUUCAACGUUAAUAAUGAAAAGGCUUUGCUAUCAAAUAUACUACAUUCGAUUAGUAUUAUUUCUCUUGAAUUCAACUCAAUAAACACGAUAACCACAUCAAUCGACGCGAUGUGUGACAUCUUAUUUAUUCCCAAUUACGUUGCUGAUCAUCGUAUAUUGAAAGCAGUGCUUAGUGUCAUUCCUACUACUCUUUCUGCCAAAAUUGCUAAUAGUCAAAAUAAAGAAAGUCAAACUACCAAUGAGAUAUUAGAAGCAAUUCAAAAAUUGAUGAAAGAUACACAAACAGAAUGUCAAAGUGUAGCUAUAUUACUCGAAACAAUGCAAAAACUUCUUACUGAUAAUAUUACAGGUCAAUAUAUUCUUGACAAUCAAUAUGGGGAUGAAUGGGCCGAUGCGAUCCUACUCAAAGUAAAUGAUUUUCGUUGGGAAAUACGUGAUUCAGUCCUUGAAUCUGUUGAUAAGUUAUUUGAAGAGUCAAAUAAUAUUGGGGUUGGUAUUGAUUUUGCGCUCAAAUAUAACUUGCCUCAUAUGGUUGUUUUAAAAAUUAAUGAUGAUGCAGCUUAUGUGCGCGCAUCAUGCUUAAAAGCAAUUAAGUCAAUUAUCCGCCAUUCAAAUGGAUGGAAGUAUAUUGUUUCCCAUAAUCUGCAUAUGCAAAUUGCUUCUAAACUUCCUCUAAUGAUAAAAGAUACCGAAGCUCUUGUGCGACGAGCUGUGAUGGAAUUAAUGAUUUGCUUGAUUAUAGAACGCGAAUGUGGUGCUAUAUUGUUAACGAAUCAAAAUAUGGAGAAUAUUAAUAAAGCUGUAAUGGAUAAAAUUAUGAACGAUCCAGAUUUUUAUGUUCAAAUUGGUGGUUGUCAGUUCCUUACAGCGGUAUGGUAUUAUUGCGAGCAAAAUCAAAAGAAUAAAGUGUCUGAAGAGGACUCUUUAAUUGACGAAAAUUCAUCAUGGUUUUAUUGGCUUAAUGGAGAUAAAUUUCUCAUUGACGCAGCUGAUAAUCCAAGCCGUAUAGUUCGUGGCGAAAUUCUUCAGAUACUUAGACGUCUAAAACUUUACCUCGAAGAAAAAAUAACGUCUAAUGAAGGGUUCUCAUUAUCAAUGACCACUAAUGACAAUUUGCAAUUCGAUAAUGAAAUUGUUAACACAUUCGGAAUACAAUCGUCACCAUUAGUGAAAAAACAUUCGGAUUUUUAUAGAAAAAUAUCAUUAAUUGAUUUUGAUCGGCUAGAAGCUACCAUUGAUGCCGAACAUUUAUACAAAGAAGCUUUAGAAAGUGUUAAUCCUAGGAUGAUGGUCAAUGCGGAUUUAAUAGUAGAAGGAAACGAAGACAAUACAUUAGACUGUUACUUCUAG